GACGCCAAGAUGGCAGACAAGCGAAAGUAACACUAUGGUCAUGAAAGCUUGUCAAAAAAGAUUUAGAUUUUAAUAUUACUGCUAUAAAAUGUUUUUUAUCGUGGCUUAAUCUCGAUUCAUUUUCUAUAUUUAUUGUUUUGGAGUUAAAUAAAAUCAGAGUUUAAUUGAAAAUGGAGUCUGAUUCAGCACUGCGCGACGAAGUUCACGAUGGCGCGGAAGACUCUCCCUUGGAGGAAGCUCAAGCGACCGACGCAAAUGCCGACUACUCUGAAGACAAUGUUACUAGCCAAGAUUCGGAAGCAGCCACUACCGAGGAAUCGGCUACAAAUGGUGCUGCUCCAACUAGCAGUAGUGAUGCCUUGGAAGAGCCUGAAUCUGCCGCUGGUGAAGCAGAAGAUGACAUCCAAGAUAAUGAUGAAGCAAGUGCUGAGGCGGAGCCCGAGGAAAUGGAUAUUGAUGAUACAGCUACUGGAACUGUGACGGAUGGACCGGUUUACAUUGGGGAUAACUGCUUGUCUACACCAGCAGCAACAGAUGACGGCUCUCCCCAAGAUGAUGACCAUCAGUUGGACACCCUAAAAGACCAAGGUGCGGAUGAGCUUGAGGGAACCGAGGCUCAAGAGGAAUCUCCUGAUCAGUCAAUAAGCUCAGCCACUCCAAUUGAAGGUGGAGUUGGGGAUGGGGAGGGUGAUGGUGACGGUGCACAAAUGGUGCAAGAUGAUGAGUCCAGCACUAUGGAUGAAGACAUGGGAGCUUGUGAAGGUGUUGCCAGCAGUGAUGAUGUCAAUGACAUCACCAGUGCUGCUCAGGAUGCAUUGAGUACAGGAAUAAGCUCAAGCACUGCUGAAGGUGGAUCGGACAUAACAAGCAGUGGUCAGACAGAGGCAGCACUCAUAUCCUCUACAGCAAAUGGACCAGCUGGGCUACUUCACUCUUUCUCCAUUGCAGCCCAACAGGCGCAUGCCAAUGAGUUUGGCGAUGCGGACACGUCGGAGAUGGGGGGCGCAGCGGACACGAUGCCGUCGGUCAGCGAGUCUAUGCCAUUGCUGACGAUGGCCUCGAACGGCGCCGCGCUGCCCUCUCCCGGCUUGAUGCAAGGGGAAGAGGGCGGAGCAGGCGUGUCGUCGUCUCAGGCGGCCGAGAGCGCGGCGACAGCCGGCGCGAGCGAAGGUGAGGGCGCCGUGAGCAGCUCCGUGGCCGGCAACAACGGCACGCCGCCGCUGCGGCCCGCCGACGCUGCGCACGCGCUCGCCACGCUGGCCAGUGCCGCGCUCCACCACCACGAACAGAACGAAGCCGAUGAGCCGAAACAAAUAAACGAUGAAGAUGCUUGGUUCACCGUGGGAAUCGUCAAAGGAACCACUUUUACGGUUCAAAACUAUUUGUCGGAUCCAAACGUGGACCUGUCCAACUUGUCGCUGGACAACUUGCCUGACCUGUCGGGUCUGCCGACGACGCCUCUCGAGCACGGCACUGCCUACAAGUUCCGACUCGCGGCCAUCAACUCAUGCGGCAGGGGAGAAUUUAGUGAAGAAAGCGCAUUCAAGACCUGUUUACCGGGUUUCCCCGGGGCGCCGUCUGCUAUAAAGAUCUCCAAGUCCGUGGAGGGCGCUCACCUGUCGUGGGAGCCUCCGCAAGUGGCCGCCGAGGGCAUAUUCGAAUAUUCCGUCUAUCUGGCAGUGCGCUCCAAUACUCAACCUAAGGAGGCGGCGAAGUCGCAACUGGCGUUCGUGCGCGUGUACUGCGGCAAGGCGAACACGUGCGUGGUGCCGCAGUCGUCGCUGAGCGCGGCGCACGUGGACUCCUCCACCAAGCCCGCCAUCAUCUUCCGUAUCGCCGCGCGCAACGAGAAGGGCUACGGACCCGCCACGCAAGUCAGGUGGCUGCAAGAUAUGAAAUCAACGGGUGUAAAAAGGUCAGGCGAGGGCCGCUUACCCGGCGCGUCGCCCUCCAAACAGCCUAAACAAAUAAUGCACUAAACUGAACUUAAGUGACAGAAUCAAAGUAUCCCUAAAUUUAAGUAGUUAUAUGUACAGACUGAAUGAAUUUUGUGUUUUAUCCACUUGUUUUAUCAAUGUAAUUAAUAGCUCUUGAGGUUUUGAUUCAGUUUAUAAUUAGGUACACCAUUCCUUUCUAUCAAAGAUAGAUAAUAGAUGGAUCACGAAAUCACUAAAAUUUGAUUCUCGAUCAGAUGGCGCCACUAGUUUUGGCCUACUCUCGUAUAGAUGGCGCUGACGGUUUCGUUUGUUAUUUAUAAUUUUAACGCACAUCAGUGAAAGAACAUGGGUCAAAAUCAUAUAAAAAUAAUUAAUACAAUAAAAAAAUCAUUUAUCCAUAUUUAAAUACAUUUUAACGUAUUUUAAUAAAUCUUCAUUUUUAGUUUUAACGUGUGUCGAUAGAUGGCAGUGAAUUUACAGCGGUUACAAAAUUAACUAUAACAGUACCGCUCUAUCUUAUUAUAUCCUCAUUGCUUUUUAUUAUGCUGAGUCUUCAAAGGAAGGCGUAAUAAAAUAAGUUAAUGUAUUACGACUACGACUUUUUACUUUAGAUUAGUUUGACUGUUUAUAUCUGCAGUGCAAAUUACAUGACUACGAAUACAUGCUUUAAGUGUAUUCUUUGAAUAUGAUGUUAUGUUGUUCAUCUGUGCGGCUAAAAUGUCCGUCAUCUUUGCACUUCAUAGACCAUCACCUCUUAUCUUUCACAUUCAUGCUCAACUAGGGUGAUUACGAUUACCGAGGCUAAACACUUAUAGUCUGUUCUUUUAGGUUCUAGAGGUUAUGUAAACCAACUAAACCUUAUGGCUCGUUCAUUACACCAAUAUGUAGUAAUUUACGUUAUUAUAUCGCUGGUUGAAUGACAGUCAGGUGGUUUUCUUUGAUUUGCAUUACCUAAACAUUCUUGAAAGCGAAGGACAGCCUGCCCGGGUGCACACGUAAUCACACGUUUGUCUAAAAUUCCAAUGAAUGAUAGUAUCCGAAGUGUCAUAGUUAUCUGCUGAGCUGUUACAGUCCGUCGGUUGUAAUUCGUGCAACAUGAUCUACAUGCGUUUCUGAUAUAAAUUUAAUUAUUUGCAAGUACAAUACAUAGUGUACAAAGUUGUCGCUUCCGUUACCGUAAUAAUACUGAUAAUUGACUUAUUCGGAACUGAUAAUCAUAACUAGUCACAGUAGGGUUACAAACCGAAUCAAAGAGACCCAUUGUAUUGUAGAUGAAAAGUUUAAGUACAAUAAAUCAAUCUUUAUCUCAAUACAUGUUUCACUAUACAAAAAGAGUGGAAUUAAAAUGACACCUGUUCACAGUAAUAUUUGUUUGAUUAAGACUAAUUUAUAUAAAUAUGUACAUGUGAGUGAGAAGGCAUGGGACUACGGUUAUAAAAGUAGUUUAGUAUAGCAUAAAGUGGUAAUCUUAUGAAAUAUACGCUCUCAAACGUCAGUUUACUCUUUCAAAUUCUAGACCAAGAAUUCUGUGGAAAUCAUGUAAUAAAAUGUACUAAGGUCAGUACGGGUAAGUGUAGCUACGAGGCAGGUGUAACUGACCUUCAUAUAACGUAAAAUUAUUAAGAUUUUGAUAUUGCUAUAAUCUGUUGUCAUGAGUAAAUAAACUAUUAAUUGUAAUUUAUUACUAAAGGUGACGUUGUCAAGCAAUUAUGAGAUUAUCGUCAUUUUGAAAUCUCACAACUAUUUUAAUACGAGUUGGAGCCUACACGUGGCAUACAAUGAGUGACUGGGAAAGUGUGUCUAUCUCACUUAAGGCAAGUGUGACUGUAUGUUACACUUGUCCCGUAUCAGAGAUCGUAAACAAUACUUUUUUUGUAUCAUCAAUGACGAAUAGCUUUUGCCAGCGACUUCGUCUGCGUGGAAAUAUUAAUUAAGGUAGCUACCUUAUUUUUUAUCUCACCGGUAUGUAUUAUGUUUCAUCUUCAUCUAAUAAGUCUAAUAACCGUAAUUCGCUGGCUGGGACAACAAGCGCCACAGCGCUAUGAAGUGUGUUUAUUCCUAUAAAUAGAAGGUCAUUUUUGUUUUGUUCACAUUUCUUUUUUUUAGUCGUAAAUAAAAUGUUAAAAGUGUAUUUUUUAAUAAAAAAGGUUUUCACCCAAGGUUGGGACAUAUAUGUCACAGUUACGCCGGAUUAUAUUUUAUCAUAGAUGAUGAGAACUAACUAAGUAUAUAGUAUAGAUUUAUAAAUUAUCAUCGUUUAGUAUAAUGGUUAUUGCGUUUUAAUAUUAAAAAUUGUAGUCUAGCGUGCACUAACAAAGUAGUCACCCUGACUGAGAAGUGUGACCCUGACUCUACUUUCAUUAAAGCCCUUAAAUAUCAUCUUUAAAUCAUCAAACGCACAUAAAACACAUUGAUUUCAGCUAAAGUUGAACCUUACCAUAUUGUACAUUAGGACACAGUUCAAAAUCCAACUUUAUGACAUUGGUUUAUGUGUUCAAAGUAAACUUUUACAAAAGUAUGUCACACUUACCCAUAUUGACCUUACCUACAGCUUUAAAUGUUUGAUCCUUUAUUUAAAUAAGUAGCCUAUAUUCAAUUGGAUGUAUUUGAAAUAAAAUAUACCGGAAAUUUAAUAGCAAUGUAGUUCAGACAUGUUUUUAUCUGCAGAUAAUAAAGUUAUUUUACCUA